AUAGCAGGCUACUCCCCAUAUCAUGAUGGGGCCGAUCUACGAAGAGCCUCCAUUAAUCAUAGGCAGCCAUUCCGCCACCGUUGAAGCACCAGACUUCGCCUCUCGCAAACCUCCCCCCUCCGAAGUCAUAACUGUCCUUGGUGAUACCAGGCAGCUAUCACAAACAAAUCCUCCUCGGUGUAAAGGCGUAGCCAUCGGCUCUGCGGACGAUCCGCUCGGAAGCCCUGCUGCCUCCAACUCUGCUGCAAACUCUUUGUUUGCUCAUACUGGGGGUGGGCUCAAGGAUGAGACACUAAAGGAGUUGAUGGACACGUUCGACAGCGUAUGCUCCGAAAAUUUGCAGACGUCCAAAUGGAACGCGCACGCGGACGACCCGACACAUUUUAUUUCCUUCAGCACUCUGGACACCGUCGUCAACAGGAGUCUCGUCGAGCGUGUCAUCCAGCGCCUUCCAGGAUGCAAAGACCACGCGCAAGCGACCAGCGAUAUCUGGAGCCCAGUCAGCCUCAACCCAUUGCCGACCGACCGCAGGCAACACCGAGUCGGGCUCACUACCCGACGAAGACUUUUUCUCCUCGUCUUGCUCGCCCAAAAGCCGGAGAAGAUACUAGACCUUAUCGAAGAGGGCGUCACCGACAACGACCUGCCAUUCGUGUGGACGCUCGGGAGCUAUGCCCAACGGAGGCGGGGCUCUCAAGAAUCUGCCGGGCGCAGGGUGAGCUGCCUGUCCACGGAGAAAAACACGGUGCGAUCGGUCUUCACUGAUUGGCAAUGGAAGACGCUGUCGCCUUUCCUCUGGCUGAGCACCAGGGAGGAGCCCAAGGUACAGCAUUACCGUCUCGAUGGGAGGACUCCGCUUCCAUUCAUCGAGGCUUCCUCACCCGACCUCCGGCUUGCACCCGGCAGCUGCGGGGUCAUAGGCGGGUUCUCGGUGGUGCAAAAAGUGGCGAUAGAGCCAUCGCACUUCAAUCAUGACAGCUUCGCGCCAUGCCCUGGCGCCGAGCAUCCGUUUUUUGCUGUCAAGACUCUUCACCGCCACACCAAGCGCGGCUUGUUCGAGGGCGAAGUUGAGGCUCUCAAAAGGAUGAUGACCGAAGGCGAGCUGCACAGGAGCUUGGUUCGCCUACUAGCGACGAUCGACAGAGGCGAUCAGUACCACAUGAUCUUUCCGUGGGCAGAUGGAAAUCUCCAAGAAUACUGGGAGAAGCUGUACCCCGAGCCCAACAGUCUCCCCCGGGGCCGUGGCCUGGCAAAGUGGAUGGCGUGGGAGCUUCUUGGACUCGCCCAGGCAAUCAAGCGCGUGCACGACUCGCCGGUGCGUGCCGGGAACCUUCAGGAGGUCGAGCAGACGGGCAAAGUGUACGGCUGCCACGGCGAUAUCAAGCCUCACAACAUCCUCUUCUUCCAAGGAAACGACCCGAGCGGGGACCGCGGGAAACUCCAACUGGCCGACUUUGGCCUUGCGCGGUUCCAUAGCAAAGAGUCCAUAAGAGUGUCCGCAAACUCGGCCGGCCACACGGAUACCUACCGGUCGCCCGAGUUUGACAUGGACUCGCCGCCCGGGUGUCGUGUGACGGUGGGACCUAAGACGGAUAUUUGGUCCUUUGGGGCUGUUGCAUUGGAGUUUGUUGUUUGGUAUUGCGCAGGGUGGAAAGAUUUGGAAUCCUUCGCGGAAGAAAGAGCCCGCGAGGAUAUUGUGACGUGGCAACCCAGGAUUCAACAAGACAAAUUCUUCAACCGAUAUCACGAAGGUCUCGGGGUGAAGCGAGGAGUCUUGCAGAAGAUUGAAUCUUUGAGAGGCCAUCCUCUCUGCAGCCGAUACUUGCGAGACCUACUGGACUACAUCGAAAGCCAUCUCCUUGUUGUCAAUGAGGAUCGCCGGGCAUGCUGCCGCAAGGCUUGCGCCAAGUUUGCCGAUAUGUUUAGCAAGUGCGAAGGCGACCUUGGUUACUGCACAGAACGAGGUCCCGUCGCUGCGCCGCCCUCCCCAUGGGAUAAUACGUCUUUGGCGCGGCCGCACGUGAGGGCCGAUGACACUGACGGCGUAGCUCUGGCACAAACUUCCGCCGAGGCGUCGCCGCGAAAGUUCAAAGCUUUGCAGAAGAGAAAGCUUACGGACGAUUUGGAACAUGAUACGGCGCUCAAGAUUGCGCGGCAGAGGACAACAGAGAUUUGAAGGGAUGAAAAAGAGGUUACAAAUACAUUGCGAUAAGCCAAGAAAGAGACCCAUGCUAAUAACGACGUGUAUACGUUUCCCACGGUGUGCCCGCCCUUGUGGGAAAUGCAAGUUGAAACAUUAUUAUUUUAC